AUGGCUCGUGUGUACGCAGAUGUCAACCAACACAUGCCCAGAUCAUACUGGGAUUACGACUCAGUAAACAUUCAGUGGGGUGUUCUCGAGAAUUAUGAGGUUGUCCGCAAAAUAGGACGUGGUAAAUACUCUGAGGUUUUUGAAGGCAUAAACAUCACAAACUACCAGAAAUGCGUUAUCAAAGUCUUGAAGCCAGUUAAGAAGAAGAAGAUUAAGCGAGAGAUCAAAAUUCUUCAAAAUCUCUCUGGUGGGCCAAAUAUCGUUGCAUUGCUGGAUGUUGUCCGGGAUCCUCAGAGUAAAACGCCGUCCUUAAUCUUCGAGUAUAUCAAUAAUACCGACUUCCGCAGCCUGUACCCCAAAUUUCAGGACUACGAUGUGCGCUACUACAUUUUCGAGUUGCUGAAGGCGUUGGAUUUCUGUCAUAGCAAGGGUAUCAUGCAUAGAGAUGUCAAGCCACACAACGUCAUGAUCGAUCACGAGAAGCGAAAGCUGCGAUUGAUCGAUUGGGGUCUAGCUGAAUUCUACCACGCUGGAACUGAAUACAACGUCCGUGUUGCGUCUCGCUACUUCAAAGGACCGGAGCUACUUGUUGAUUAUCAAGAAUACGAUUACUCACUUGAUCUUUGGUCACUUGGUGCCAUGUUUGCAUCAAUGAUUUUCCGAAAAGAGCCAUUUUUCCACGGAAACUCCAACUCGGACCAACUCGUCAAGAUCGCCAAGGUUUUGGGAACUGAAGAACUGUUCGAUUACCUUGAUAAGUACGAUAUCGAGCUCGACGCACAGUACGAUGACAUCCUUGGACGCUUUCCCAGAAAAAACUGGCACCAGUUUGUCAAUGCAGAGAAUCAGCGAUUCGUCAGUAAUGAUGCAUUGGACUUUUUGGACAAGCUUUUGAGAUAUGAUCAUCAGGAGCGAUUGACGGCCAAAGAAGCCAUGGCCCAUCCAUACUUCGAGCCUGUCCGAAGGGCCGCUCAACAACAGAACCAUGCCUCAGCUUCACAUUCGUAA